UAUAUAUAUAUAUAUAUAUAUAUGCUGUAAGUUUUAUGCAAAUGUCAGAGAACUUAUACAUAGAUUCUAGAGUAAAAUUAUAAAAGAAGAAAAACGCAAUACGAAAUCAAAAAUAGCAAACCAUUCGUCUUAAGGUGUUGAAGAGAUUCCCAGUUUUAAUGUAUUCUUUGACGAAUAUUUACAAUUGUGAAUAUUCCAAUCAGAUAUCAGCAGUGAAAAUUGUAUAACCUAGAACUGAUUGGAUGAGUGUUAUAUACAAAAUUCGGCUCUUCAUAAAUUUUAAAUUGUUUAAAUGAUUUCAAUAUUCAAAUAAUUAAGUAUGUAUUUAAAUCCAAUAAACCCAAUGCAAUUGGGUGGCGUGCUCUACGUUUACAAAGGUGAAUGGGAUCUUCCGUCCAUAGACUUCGAGUGUUUGCGCGCCCUGUGUCUUGUGAAAUUUGCACGUUGUCCGGUAAAAAUAGAAUGCACUAAUGCAAAUCCUUUAAAAUCUGGCGCCGGUAAACUGCCGUAUUUGCAAAUAGGAAAUCAAAAAUUCGUAGGAUAUGGAAAUAUAAAAAAAGUUUUAGAUAAAGAGGGAUUUCGCAUUGAUGCUUUCUUGAGUGGCAAAGAAAAACAGUUAUCACAAGCAUAUGCGAAUUGGGUGUUUAGUAAUUUACAUGCUUUUUACCAUUAUUUUAUGUUUGGAGAACCUAAUAAUUUUGAUGUCGUAAGAAGUCUUUAUGCCAAACGUACUCCAUUUCCAUUUAAUUUCUAUUACCCGUCAACGUAUCAGAAAGAGGCAAAUGAUAUAAUUAAUGUAUUAGCUAAUUUUGAUAUAUACGACAAAAUUGAAAAACACGGCAAUGAAAGCCUAGAAACCACUGCCAAAAAAUGUGUUAAUGUGCUCUCAAAAAAACUGGGACAAAAGAUUUGGUUUUUUGGAGAUAAUUAUAGUGAACUUGAUGCCAUCGUAUAUUCGUACUUAUCUAUAUUAUCGAAAGCAACAAUUCCUAAUAAUCCGUUACAUCACCAUAUUAAAGCCUGUACAAACCUUGUAAAUUUUAUUAAUCGAAUAUCGAAAGAUAUUUUUAAGAAUGAAGCAUUUAAUUCAAUUAAGACAAAUAAAAAUACUAGCGACUACUUGCUUACACCUACUGAACGAAAAUUUCUCGAAUCCGAGAAACGAACAAAAAUCAUUGCAGGAAUCGGAGCAGUGGCAGCAAUGGUAUCAUUCGCAGCAUGGCGUGGACUUUUCAGUGGAAAUUUUACAAAUACAAAUCGUUAUGAAGAAAAACUUCAAUAUUAUGAUGAUGAUACUGUUGAAGAUGACGAUGAAAUGGAAUAGUUGGCUAAUAAAAAAAUGAUUAAGACUGUAAUAAUUCAUAGUUGUUAUUUAGUAAUUUAUUUUAAAAUUUCAGAAAAUUGUACGUAAGA